GACCUUUUUGCUGAAUCAAGGAUUCUCGAGACGCCAUCGGAGAAAAUACUCACCGAAACUGCUKAUGGUGGCAACCGACGUCCCGGGAGGAACGCGCUCAUAUUGCCAUUCGUCCCUCCCUCUGCGACCACCUCUUCCUCCAGUAAAACCUGCAUUUUGUAGCAUUUUCGGAGCUCCUAAUACAACUGAAAAUGAGAGAGAAGACAAUGAUAAACCCCGAAACGAUGGUCUGCCAAUGAAUCGGUUGGGGACGGCACCAACGGAAGAACCAGAACCGAAAACACCAAAUAUCUCACCAUCCCAGGAUCGAUCCACCUCGCUAUCGCAUUCCCCGUCUCUGUCGUUUCUUUUUCGAAUGUACGUUGCGUGCCAAGUUCUUCGAUUGGGAAUGGAAACCAGAUUUACCGCAUUGGUGUUGCUUCACCGAUACGCGCAAGCGAAACGCGAACGUUCGCGACGUACUGAUUGCAAUAGCAACGGCACUGGUUGCACCAACGRCAGCGGCAAAUCGGGAGAAGAUUGGCCUUGGAUCGGAGCGGUCAGCAUAUUUUUGGCUUGCAAGGCCGAAGACGAACCUCGACGACUGCGCGACGUCAUAAACCUGGCACAAAUGGUGUUAUCGGCACCGCCACUGCCGAGUACUACGGAAGCAGGAGCAGGAACGGGCACAGCGAAAAGCAACGGUGAGGAAUGCACAGGGAAGCCCAAAUCCAACGACCAAGGCUUCGUGACCAUGAAUUUGUCGCGUCCUCCUCCACUGGAUAAUGUUUAUUGGGAUUCCAAGAAAAAGGCGAUCGAAACGGAACAAAUGGUUUUGCAAUGGCUGGGAUUCGAUUGUUCUGUCUCCCAUCCGCACCGAGCGGUGUUUUGGAUMUUGAGAAACGAGACCGCAACCCAACCAACAAAGAGUGAAACCGGAGGCMAUUGUCAUCGCAAAUAUUCAUCGGAGGAAUGGCCAGGAGAAUCACACAAGAAACGCCAUCCAAAUAGAGCCCAACAAGCUCUGMCGAUGACAAUUGCGCCUCAUAAACGAAAGCACGACGAAAGCACGAGUUGGAGAGAACCGGACGACAUGACGACCAUAAAUCACGGCAAUGGUGUUGGGGACAAAAUCCUACCUUUAGCGUUUACUCGAUUGAAUGAUGCUCUCUUUUAUCCUAAGGCGCUACGGUGGGGUGUCGUCGAGCUUGCGUGCGCUGCCAUAGACUUGGCGAAACAGGAUGUAAUACAACGGAAUGGCGAUGGUGSUGCCSGGACUAAUAUUGCUAUGGCCUUGUCGACUGCCGAUACCACCUCGGUGAAUACAAGCAGUAGUACCAACGUUACCGGUAGUGUUUUGGAAUCCAUUUUUAAAAGAGAAUGGUGGCAACGAUACGAAGUGUCCAAUGAGCAUUUUGAUGGCUGCAAAAACGACUUGAAUGAAGCCAUGCGUGCACUUGACGCAGCAACCGCAUCUCGUCCGAAUAAAGCUUUGGCUUGCACGUCAUCUUUUGCGAUAGGCACCGUGCAAACGGAGGAAACAACAUAGGGCACAAAAAAGCACUUUCAUAUUG